AUGGUCCGCAAACACAGUGACAGUCAGGAGUGGGAGCCAGGGAGCGCGGCUGCCGUCCCGGAGGUCUCCGAGCCCACGGGCAGCCACGGGCAGCCACGGGGCAGCACUUUCGGCGCGAACUUGGGGGCGGCGGCCGCCGAGCAUCUGGCGCCAGCAAUAAGGAGGAGCUUCCCGCAGCGUCGCACGCAGCCGCCGGGGACGCGGAGCGGGGCGCAGAGGGCUCUGAGGGGAACGGUGGCGGUCUCAGGCUCCGGGCAACACAGCGCCCCGCUCCGUUCCUCAGCCACAUCAGGGGGGAAGGGAUCGUGUCCUUGCCACCCCGCUCGCUCAGGCUUCCGCUCGCUGCCUGCUCGGGACCCGAUGCGGCAGACGCCGCGGGACAGACCGAAGCGCGCUGCGGAGAGCUCCGCACACGCCUCUGCGGUCGCCACGCUCGGGCCUCGGCAGCACCCACAAGUGAAGCAACAAGAAAGGCCAUCUUGGAUUGUUUCCAGUAUCCAGACCUCCACAUGUCAGCAGUAGUCUCCUGAGGCGUUCUACCCUCCCUCAACUCUCCUCACUUCGAUCUUCAGACAGAAAGGGUGUUCAGGAAACGCACACUA